UUUCUGCUGCUAAGAAAGUUGGAAAACAGUUACAUUCCCUUAAAUUGUACGUAAGAGAAAAUAGACCUGCAGAGGAGUACCUUUCUGUUUCUAUAUAGACAGAGGAAUUUUGCACAACCCAAAUCAUGCAGAAACCUCCUGGUAAGGAUUCCCCGGGUAGUUACUGCGGACAUUGUAUUCUGAGAGAUGAGCUUCUUACCACUUUUGGAAAUGCCUUAAAUUAAAACUCGUCUUGAAACAACAUGACAUCUCAACGAGGCUCCCUUCUCACCUUAGAACAUCAGCUUUUAAAAUAAAGGUGUCAUCAGAAGUGUGGAGACACCCACAGCAUCACAACUGGCAUUAAAUUAAUCUCUGGUUAUGCCAACCUAGGUCUGCCCGGGAGGGUGAGUCUACCGCUCGAAAGCGGCACAGAGGAAAUCCUGCCUCCCUCGGGUUCAGGCCCGGAAUUAGGAGCGGAGAUUCAGGGCAGAGGGCCAGAACUCGGAGCAAACCAGGCUGUGCAGCACACCUAGACCGCGGCUCCGGAAGCGGCAGCGGCCCCGACCGGAAAGCCCCCCGGCAUCGCCCGCAGGAACCACGCCGGGCCUGCGGCUCCAGCCAAACCUCGGGUACCACGCGCCUAAGUGGGAAGCGGCACUGACGCCUGCAGCAUCUCGCGAGAUUUCGCCGGCUCAGCCCAAGUACUGCGAGUUCACCAAAGCGGGGAAAAAAAACCAGCGGGCGAAAGCCUGUGAAGCCCAGGCUGGGGCACUGGGGAGGCAGCUGCCGCGGGAGCAUCAGCUACUGGCGUGAGGCGAGGCAGGGCCGGUGCACCGUCCACAGCCCCGUGACCUGGGCUGCCGGUCCACUGACGCGCGGCCUCGGGGCGGAGAGAGGGGAGGCGGCCGGUGAGCUCGCUUCUCUUCGCCGCAGAGCGCGGCGGGGGAGGGAGGUGAAGGCGUGGGUGGAGGGCGACGGAAGAGGAGGUAGCGGCGCGGAGAUCCUACCGGCCACAUCACUGAGGCGGCGCGUAGCCGCGCCUGCUCCCCAAUUGCGUCGCUCGUGUUGCCCGCACUGUCCAAGGCCCGGCGCGGACUGGCUGGUCGCCAUCCUCUCACGGGCCGCUUUCGCGUUGGGUCGCGCAGGAGCCGCGAAGGAGCGGUUCGCUGAGGAGCGUCCGCCGCGCGCCGCUGCGGGUCCGUGGGUAGGCGGGCUGAGGGGCGGGGGAGCCUCCGGCCCCGCCUCCCGCGUGCUGCUGCUCCAGCCGCCGCCGCCGCCGCCGCAGCGGCUCCGCCGAGGCUUUAAACAGCGGGGCCCGCCCCGCGCCCGCCGCACUCGCGCGCUCGCUCGGCUACCGGUGGCUUUUGUGCCCGCCCGGCUAGUAGCGGCCAGCGGGCGGCGGGGAGAGUGACUCCUUCACCUGGCUUUGCGGCCGAGGCCACCGCGGGUCAGGGGUGCGGAGGGCGCGCUGCCGGAGACGUCCGCCGGGCUCGGCAGUUCCGCCGAGGGUCGGGCAGCGAUGGAGCCGGGGCCCACGGCGCCCUCCUCCGGCGCCCCGGGACUGGCCCGGGUUGGGGAGACGCCGCUAGCUGAUGCGCCGGCCGCCGCCAGGGUGGAACUGCCCGGCACAGCUGUGCACUCGGUGUCGGAGGAUGCUGCGCCCGGGAGCCGGGACAGCGGCGAGGUCCUGGGUGAGGGCGCUGCGGCGGGCAGAGACGGGUUGGGCAGACCCUUGGGGCCCACCCCGAGCCAGAGCCGUUUCCAGGUGGACCUGGUUUCCGAGAACGCCGGACGGGCAGCUGCUGCGGCGGCGGCGGCGGCGGCUGCGGCUGGUGCUGGGGCGGGGGCCAAGCAGACCCCCGCGGUCGGGAAAGCCAGCGGCGAGAGCGGGCUGGCUAAGGGCAGCGAGGAAGCCAAGGGGCGCUUCCGCGUGAACUUCGUGGACCCAGCUGCCUCCUCUUCGGCUGAAGACAGCCUGUCGGAUGUGGCCGGGGUCGGAGGCGAAGGGCCCAACGUGAGCUUUCAGAACGGCGGGGACACGGUGCUGAGCGAGGGCAGCAGCCUGCACUCCGGCGGCGGCGGCAGUGGGCACCACCAGCACUACUACUAUGAUACCCACACCAACACCUACUACCUGCGCACCUUCGGCCACAACACCAUGGACGCUGUGCCCAGGAUCGAUCACUACCGGCACACAGCCGCGCAGUUGGGCGAGAAGCUGCUCCGGCCCAGCCUGGCGGAGCUUCACGACGAGCUGGAAAAGGAACCUUUUGAGGAUGGCUUUGCAAAUGGGGAAGAAAGUACUCCAGCCAGAGAUGCUGUGGUCACAUACACUGCAGAAAGCAAAGGAGUCGUGAAGUUUGGCUGGAUCAAGGGUGUAUUAGUACGUUGUAUGUUAAACAUUUGGGGUGUGAUGCUCUUCAUUAGAUUGUCAUGGAUUGUAGGUCAAGCUGGAAUAGGUCUGUCGGUCCUUGUAAUAAUGAUGGCCACUGUUGUGACAACUAUCACAGGAUUGUCUACUUCAGCAAUAGCAACUAAUGGAUUUGUAAGAGGAGGUGGAGCAUAUUAUUUAAUAUCUAGAAGUCUAGGGCCAGAAUUUGGUGGUGCAAUUGGUCUGAUUUUUGCUUUUGCCAAUGCUGUUGCAGUUGCUAUGUAUGUGGUUGGAUUUGCAGAAACUGUGGUGGAGUUGCUUAAGGAUCAUUCCAUACUUAUGAUAGAUGAAAUCAAUGAUAUCCGAAUUAUUGGAGCCAUUACAGUGGUGAUUCUUUUAGGUAUCUCAGUCGCUGGAAUGGAGUGGGAAGCAAAAGCUCAGAUUGUUCUUUUGGUGAUUCUACUUCUUGCUAUUGGUGAUUUCGUCAUAGGAACAUUUAUCCCACUGGAAAGCAAGAAGCCCAAAGGUUUUUUUGGUUAUAAAUCUGAAAUAUUUAAUGAGAACUUUGGGCCAGAUUUUCGAGAGGAAGAGACUUUCUUUUCUGUAUUCGCCAUCUUUUUUCCUGCUGCAACUGGUAUUCUGGCUGGAGCAAAUAUCUCAGGUGAUCUUGCGGAUCCUCAGUCAGCCAUACCUAAAGGAACACUCCUAGCCAUUUUAAUUACUACACUGGUUUACGUAGGAAUUGCAGUAUCUGUAGCCCUUGAAGCAAUAGGAGGAACCAACCCCUUGACGCUGAUGUUCAAUAGCUACGCCAGUAAAGGCAGCCUCUACAGCAGUGGUUGUUUAGCUCAAAGCAAUGGAACCUUUUUUCCCCAAAAUAUUGCAGGUUCUUGUGUUGUUCGAGAUGCCACUGGAAACGUUAAUGACACUAUUGUAUCAGAGCUAACAAACUGUACUUCUGCAGCCUGCAAAUUAAACUUUGAUUUUUCAUCUUGUGAAAGCAAUCCUUGUUCCUAUGGCCUAAUGAACAACUUCCAGGUAAUGAGCAUGGUGUCAGGAUUUGCACCAUUAAUUUCUGCAGGUAUCUUUUCAGCCACUCUUUCUUCCGCAUUAGCAUCCCUUGUGAGUGCUCCCAAAAUAUUUCAGGCUUUAUGUAAGGACAACAUCUACCCAGCUUUCCAGAUGUUUGCUAAAGGUUAUGGGAAAAAUAAUGAACCUCUUCGUGGCUACAUCCUAACAUUCUUAAUUGCACUUGGAUUCAUCUUAAUUGCUGAGCUGAAUGUUAUCGCUCCAAUUAUCUCAAACUUUUUCCUUGCAUCAUAUGCAUUGAUCAAUUUUUCAGUAUUCCAUGCAUCACUUGCAAAAUCUCCAGGAUGGCGUCCUGCAUUCAAAUACUACAACAUGUGGAUAUCACUUAUUGGAGCAAUUCUCUGUUGCAUAGUAAUGUUUGUCAUUAACUGGUGGGCUGCACUGCUAACAUAUGUGAUAGUCCUUGGGCUGUAUAUUUAUGUUACCUACAAAAAACCAGAUGUGAAUUGGGGAUCCUCUACACAAGCCCUGACUUACCUGAGUGCACUGCAGCAUUCAAUUCGUCUUUCUGGAGUGGAAGACCAUGUGAAAAACUUCAGGCCACAAUGUCUUGUUAUGACAGGUGCUCCAAACUCACGUCCAGCUCUACUUCAUCUUGUUCAUGAUUUCACAAAAAAUGUUGGUUUAAUGAUCUGUGGCCAUGUACAUAUGGGUCCUCGAAGACAAGCCAUGAAAGAGAUGUCCAUUGAUCAAGCCAGAUACCAGCGAUGGCUUAUUAAGAACAAAAUGAAGGCAUUUUAUGCUCCAGUACAUGCAGAUGACUUGAGAGAAGGUGCACAGUAUUUGAUGCAGGCUGCUGGUCUUGGUCGUAUGAAACCAAACACACUUGUCCUUGGAUUUAAGAAAGAUUGGUUGCAAGCAGAUAUGAGGGAUGUGGAUAUGUAUAUAAACUUAUUUCAUGAUGCCUUUGACAUACAAUAUGGAGUAGUGGUUAUUCGCCUAAAAGAAGGUCUGGAUAUAUCUCAUCUUCAAGGGCAAGAAGAAUUAUUGUCAUCACAAGAGAAAUCUCCUGGCACCAAGGAUGUGGUAGUAAGUGUGGAAUAUAGUAAAAAAUCUGAUUUAGAUACUUCCAAACCACUCAGUGAAAAACCUGUUACACAAAAAGAUGAGGAAGAGGAUGGCAAGACUCCAACUCAACCACUGUUGAAAAAAGAAUCCAAAGGCCCUAUUGUGCCUUUAAAUGUAGCUGACCAAAAGCUUCUUGAAGCUAGUACCCAGUUUCAGAAAAAACAAGGAAAGAAUACUAUUGACGUCUGGUGGCUUUUUGAUGAUGGAGGUUUGACCUUACUGAUACCUUACCUUCUGACUACCAAGAAAAAAUGGAAAGACUGUAAGAUCAGAGUAUUCAUUGGUGGAAAGAUAAACAGAAUAGACCAUGACCGGAGAGCGAUGGCUACUUUGCUUAGCAAGUUCCGGAUAGACUUCUCUGAUAUUAUGGUCCUAGGAGAUAUCAAUACCAAACCAAAGAAAGAAAAUAUUGUAGCUUUUGAGGAAAUGAUUGAGCCAUACAGACUUCAUGAAGAUGAUAAAGAGCAAGAUAUUGCAGAUAAAAUGAAAGAAGAUGAACCAUGGCGAAUAACGGAUAAUGAGCUUGAACUUUAUAAGACCAAGACAUACCGGCAGAUCAGGUUAAAUGAAUUAUUAAAGGAACAUUCAAGCACAGCUAAUAUUAUUGUCAUGAGUCUCCCAGUUGCACGGAAAGGUGCCGUGUCUAGUGCGCUCUACAUGGCAUGGUUAGAAGCUCUAUCUAAGGACCUACCACCAAUCCUCCUAGUUCGUGGGAAUCAUCAGAGUGUCCUUACCUUCUAUUCAUAAAUGUUCUAUACAGUGGACAGCCCUCCAGAAUGGUACUUCAGUGCCUAAUGUAGUAACUGAAAUCUUCGAUGACACAUUAACAUCACAAUGGCAAAUGGUGACUUUUCUUUCACGAUUUCAUUAAUUUGAAAGCACACAGGAAAGUUGCUCCAUUGAUAUGUGUAUGGAGACUUCAGUUUUAGUCAAAUUUCAUAUCUCAGUCUUAAUGAAUGGUGAUUCUUCUCUAUUGAACUGAAGUUUGUGAGAGUAGACUUUUCCUUUGCUACUUGAAUAGCAAUAAAAGUAUGUUACUUUUUGAUUGAUGAAAGGAGUACAAAAAGCCUUUAGCCUCGAGGUGCCUUUUGAAAUUAACCAAAUUUCAUCCAUAUAUCCUCUUUUAUAAAUUUAUAGAAUGGCAAACUUUGCCUUCAACUAUCGUUUUUAUUUCUAGUCUCUUCCACUUUAAAACAAAAUGAGCACUGCUUGUCUUCUUUCAUUGACCAUUUAAUGUUGGGUACUGUAUGUGUUUUGUUACUUUUGUAAAUGUAUCUGUUAGAUAUUAAAGGUGAGAAUUAGGGCAGAUUAAUGAAAAAUGGGGAAGGGGAGAUGGUAACCAAAAGUGACCCCACGGUAAGGUUUAUAUGAGUAUUUGUAAAUAUAGAGCUAUAAAAAUAUAGGCCCCCAAAUACCUUUUAACCCCUCUGAUUGGCUGUUAUUUCUUGAAACCUUAGGGAAGAUUGAAGAUUUAUCCCAUACUAAUUUCUGUAUUCCAUGCUGAAAAAUCACGUCAUUCUUUAAACAAAAAUACUCAAGAUCAUUCAUAUUUAUUUGGAGAGAAAACUGUCCUAAUUUAGAAUUUCCCUCAAAUCUGAGGGACUUUUAAGAAAUGCUAACAGAUUUUUCUGGAGGAAAUUUAGACCAAGCAAUGUCAUUUAAUAGAAUAUUUCAAUAAACACUAAGUGGAAUUUCAGUAUACUGUACUAUCCUUUACAGGUCAUUAAAAUAAUGUUUCAUCAAAUGGUUAAAUGGACCACUGGUUUCUUAGAGAAAUGUUUUUAGGUUUAAUUCAUUCAAUUGUCAAGUACACUUAGUCUUAAUACACUCAGGUUUGAACAUAUUAUUCUGAACAUUAAAAUUUAAUCCAUUCUUAAUACUUUAAAACUUUUGUGUUGAGAAAAACUGCCAGUUUGUGCUUUUGAAGUGUCUGUUUUGACAUCAUAGUCUACUAGUACAAUUUUGACAGUGCAUAUGUACUGUUACUAAAAGCUCUAUAUAAAAUUAUUAAUGUGAAGUUUUUUCAUUUAUUAUUCAAGGAAGGAUUUCCUGAAAACAUUUCAAGGGAUUAUGUCUACAUAUUUGUAUAUGUGUGUGUAUAUGUAUAUGCAUACACAGAUGCACAUGUGUAUAUAUAAUGAAAUUUAUGUUGCUGGUAUUUUGCAUUUUAAAAUAAUCAAGAUUCAUUAGGCAAACCUUCUGUUUUAGUAAACAUAAGUUCAAAAUCAGAUUAACAGAUACAGGUUUCAUAGAACAAAGGUGAUCAUUUGAAGGGCAUUCUGUAAUUUCACACAGUUAUCAUCCAGUUAGAAAAUGGAGAAUACUUCACCUGAAGUACUGUUAAGUGGGUUAAUUGAUAUGUUUCAGUGGUAGAGGAUAUAUGCAGGUUUUCAUGAAUCUUUUUUUGAGACAGAAUCUCUUUUGCCAGGCUGGAGUGCAAUGGCACAAUCUCGACUCACUUCAGCCUCCACCUUCCGGGUUCAAGUGAUUCUCCUGUUUCAGCCUUUCAAGUAGCUGGGACUACAGGCACAUGCCAACACACCCAGCUGAUUUUUGUAUUUUUAGUAGGGAUGGGCUUUCACUAUUUUGGCCAGGAUGGUCUUGACAUCUUGACGUUGUGAUCCACCCAUCUCGGCCUUCCAAAGUGCUGGGAUUACAGGUGUGAGCCACCACACCCAGUAGUUUUCAUGAAUCUUGAAUAGACAUCUAUAACAUUAUUAUUAUUUUCAAUGGUGUGCAGCAUUUUUGCUGCAUGAGUAUGAACUAAGUAUAGAGCUCUAGAUAGCUUGAAUUCAGAAUAUUAAGAAAAUGAAGUAACUGAUUUUCUAAAAAAAAAAUUUCUACCUUAUAACUCAGCAUUGUUUUCAAACACUGCAGGUUUUGCAAUGUUUGGGGGGAAAUACAGUAGAAAUAUUCAGUAGACAAUAUGUGUGAACUUUAAAAAUGGAUAAUAGGGCAUGGACUGAGUGCUGCUGUCUUGAAAUGUGCACAGGUACACUUACCUUUCUUUUUCAAGUUUUUCCCAUUCAGGCAAACAACAUUGUAAUCUGUACUGCAGGAACCAAAUGUCAUGCAUCAUACAUGUGUGUAUAAAGUACAUAAAAUAUAUCUACAUAUGCAUAAUGUGGGAUGGGUAAUACUAUCUGUGAAAUAAUUUAAGAAACUUUUCACUUAAAAAAAAAUACAUUGCUUUCACUUAACACUAGACACCAGGUCAAAAAUUUUCAAGGUUGUUACAGUACUCUGAUAAAUUUCAGCAAUUCUUAGAGAUGCUAGCUAGUGUUGAAGCUAAAAUAGCUUUAUGCUGAAUUUUGAUUUUUAUGCCAAAUUUUUUUUAGUUCUAAUCAUGGGUGAUAGCUUGGAAGUAAAUAAUUAUGCCAUGGCAUUUGACAGUUCAUUAUUCCUAUAAGUAAGAAAUAAGUUUAGAGAGAAUGGUGGUAUUAAGCUGAUUAUUAACAGUUACUGAAAUCAAAUAUUUAUUUGUUACAUUAUUUUAUUUGUACUUUAGGUUUCCUUUUACAUUCUUUUUAUAUGCUUUCUGACAUUACAUAUUUUUUAAGACUAUGGAAAUAAUUUAAAGAUUUGAGCUCUGGUGGAUGAUUAUCUGCUAAGUUCGAAAAUGUAAUAUUUUGAUAAUACUGUACUAUAACUGUCACACAAAUGCUUUUCUAAUGUUUUAAUCUUGAGUAUUGCAGUUGCUGCUUUGUACAGAGGUUACUGCAAUAAAGGAAGUGGAUUCAUUAAAACUA